AUGACGUUUGACGACUGUACUGGACUGGAAGCAAGUGUUGUUUUAGGUAGCCGCACUGCUGUGUGCUUCAGAUUUUGGACGGCGGUACUCCUCAGAUCGAUUGUUUCCGGCUCCGAUGCUUUCUCUGGAGCUGGGAUCUGGUCGUUUGCUACUGAUAAGGUUGUCUUUUGGUCUGAAAGGGGGGUACCAUGUUCGAUAACAGGAUUCAGGCCAUUAGUGGUCAUGGUGCAUUGGGGAUCACAAAGGGCUAUCUCCUGGGUAUUGGUUUUGGGCUGGGAAGGUUUUUUAGUCCACGUUUUGUCAUGGGUUGCCACAGUCGAUUUGCGUUUACCUAUUCUGGUAAUGGGGCUCUGUUUUCUUCCUUUUGGGCCUGCUGCGCCCCUGUCUGGUUCUGGGCCCGUUCCUGCCGAGAAACUACAAGAUGGGUCACCAUCCUCCUCCCACGUUUCUGCGCGUGACUCCACUCUCCCAUGUUGGGGCAUUGUUGGUGUUGCAUCGGUAGCCGCACUGCUCUUUCCCAACUUGCGUCGACCGUUGAAGGAGACUGAGACACCAGGGGUCCCGCCUGACGAUUGUCCGUUGCGUCUGAAGGUGAGGCCGAAGUUGACUGCAGGCAUACCAUCCUCAAUUGUGUACGUGACGUCGCCGGGUUCCGUCCGGACGGUAUCAUGGCGAGGGGGCCCGGCAGGGAGUAAGCAAAUCAGUCCUCAACUGCUGACUGUGCCUACUUGCUUUCAUGACUGGCUAAUCCGACGUUAUGGAAAUUUUUCAAUUCGAUCUUCCGUGAAAUCGGGCUUGGUAUCUUUCUCCGCUAAGGCCAGCUGCAAAAAUGCAAUUCGAAAUUUGAUUAGGGAAAAUGGCUUGCAACCAAACGGGAAAGAGCAAAAAGUAAAAUUAGAGAGGAGGAAUGGCGUCAACUUUCGCUCCCGAAUUUCAAGUGUUACACGGAACACUAACUGA